AUGUCGACCAUUAGUUUGGGUCGUGAUGAGCAAGUUACGGUGAUUAAAGAAUUCAACAACCACGGGACAGAUGAGUUCAACUGGAGCUACGAACUGAGUGAUGGUCGAGAGGUGCGCCAGAACGCAUACUUGAACGAACUUCCGGACGGUACCCGGUUCUUGCAGGUCAACGGCGUCUACAGCUACCGCGGUCCCAACGGUGUGAAGUACUCUGUAAGUUAUUACGUAGAUGAAAAUGGAUACCAUCCGACUUUGGUAGUUGGAGAUGAAGAUUUGUCACCAAAACCUCCUCAUCUAAUCGAUCCGAAGGUAUUGGAAUCCUUGGUGAGAUAA